AUGAAUUCCCACAACAGUCUCAGCGCCGCUUCCGACGAGCGAAAAGCGCGUCUGGCAAAGCUCAAAAAUCUCAAACGAAAACAGCCCAUUGACGAAGUCGCCACUCCAGAAGGCGACAGAGAGGCAUCACCACCCGAAGCGCCUGACGUUGCGAAGCUGCACCUUUCCGGCCGCAACUAUGACCCCGAGACAAGAGGCCCCAAGCUCGGAUUCGACGCGCCGCCGACGCUCGCCCAAGAAAAACCUACGUUGGAGGAGCAGGCUGCAGAGGUCGAAGCCGAGGUCAGGGAGCGAGCUGCGGAAGAGGCGCGAGACGACAAGGGCCUGGACCUGUUCAAACUGCAGCCGAAGAAGCCAAAUUGGGAUCUGAAACGGAAUCUGGGCAAAAAGAUGGAGCUGUUGAAUGUGCGGACGGAUAACGCAAUCGCCAAGCUGGUUCGAGAACGGGUUUUGGGUGCUCAGAAGGCGGCUCAGAAGACGGCAGACGCAGGCAACGGCAACCUAGAUGGAGACGCUGCUGGCGUUGACGGCAUCGCUCUUGUGGAAGGACUCAGGGUUCGAGAACAAGAGGAGCAAGAAGAGGAACAAAGAGAACGCGAGGAAGAGGAAGCAUUGGACUUCGCUCUCGGGGCGCCUCUCUGGGCGGUGCUCUUCCUUGCCCUCCACCACGCCCGCCGCGACGACCGCCACGCUGGGGGCCGUCUUCGUCUCGCCUUCGAUAUGGCCGAUCAACUUGCUGUGGUGAUCUCGAUCGUGAACCUGACCAGCUUCGCCGCCUGCCGUGACGUCGCCCGGGCUCCUGGUCACGCUGGCGCUGCCGAGGGGGCGAAACGUCGUCUUCCCGGCCAUAAGAGGGCUGUCCCCGGCGACCUCUAUCUCCUCGCGGAAGAUUCUCACGCGAAGGAGAUGGGCUAUCGCGUGAUGCCGAACGCCGCUCUCGUCGUGGAGGUGACGGGCUUCGGCUGUAGCUGCGCUCACUUGCCAACUCUGGGCUGUGUCCCCGUCGGUCAGGAGUGGGAGACCUAG